CAAAAAAAGGUCAACAAGUGUAAUGUUCACGGGCAUGUUAAACAAGUUUUAUGGCUAAUUUUUUGCAGGUUAUGUUGUUUAGGUUUUGAAAAUGACAGAAGGUAGAAUGCCAGAAGAACGUAAAAAUGAGCAUGAAUCGAACCCAGAGUCAACUGAUAUUGUGGAUGAAAACUAUGACUUGAGCCAUGAAGAAAAUGAACUGAACGAGCUGAACGCACAGCUGGAGCUCCUGAACUCCGCGCUGGACGCCCUGGAGAAGAAGAACGACGACAUACAUGCCCAGUUCCAGGAGCUGCUACUGUCUAACCGUGCCACUCGGCAGCAGAUGAAGCAGGCUUUGGAGGAGAUGGGGCAGUAGUUGGACUUAGCAUCCUUCCUGCCCGAAUAUUGUGUAAAAAAGUAGUUCAUGUAUGAUAUUAAGUACUAGCUUCUACAAUUUUAAUUACUUGUCUAUUUUGUUGAACGCUGUAGAUAUGUAAAUGAGAUUUAGGUUUAUUUAUCAAUGGUAAUUUUUUUAGUAUGUUUAGAAAGAAUUUCAUAACUGGCAGAAUCAAUAAUUUUACUGUUAAAGCAUUCCAGUGUUUAAGUACAAAGCGAGACCAUUUUUUUUUGUGAAGUUUUAUAAAUACAGUCCUAAAAGGGAUUCAGGUUACUGUUGCUGUUGAAAGUAAAUGGUGAUUAUACUACUGUAUUUUAAAUGAAAUUACAAUAAACUUAUAACUAAGGUGGUCA